AUUACGAGUAAGGCAUCACAGACUGUACAAUGAGGCGCCAUUCUUGUAUAACAAGGAAGCACGUAUGCAAGGCGCAUCGACUUAAUUAUAUUCCUGUAAAACUCAAUCUAUCUUCUGACAGAGACAGAGGCAACUUAAGGACAGUAGAAUGAUCUAGAUGCAGUUUUAGAUUUUAAUAUUUAUGAAGUUGCUCUUAUUUAUGAAGUGCGGGAUGAGGAUGACAAGCACUAUUUAUGAAGCCCUUUGCAAAGCCCUACGUUGGUCUUAUUUAGGAAGCUGGAAGAAGGUCCAAAAGCA